UAUCAAUUACCGUGCUUGUACUGAUAAUUUUUACCAGUGCUGAUAAAAUUCGGCAGUGCUAAUCAAGCCGUCAGCAUGUGCGCGUGCAAGCAGAAAAGGUCUUUCCUCAUAGAGGACAUACUGAAUGACGUGAAGAAGAAACCUUACAAGAACCUGAGCCAGGAGCCGACGCUGCCCCUCAAGUGCAGUGGAGUGAAGGCAGUCGAGGUCCCCAAGGUGCAGGAGGUGACGAAGGUGACGAAGAUCGAGGAGCCAGUCAGUGAGAACGCGAUCAAAUCUGAUGUUAAAUACGAGGUCCCAAAAGAUUUUGAUUUGAGCAAAGUGAACCUAGAACACAGGAGAAACACGUACCCACUGUACCCGACACCGAUCAAAGCGAAUGUGCCUCCGUUGUCCUCCUCAGUGACAUGGCCCCACUACAGAGGGAAAGAGGCUCCAGGGUUUAUGGAGAGACCUCCGUUCAGUUACUACAGCGACCCAAUGUUAAACUCUAAUCAGAUACUGAGAAGUCAGCUAGCGGCCAACAGAUUUAUCCCCCACCCCUUCACUAUACGACAGGCUUAUGGAUUUGAUAGAGUACCGCCGAGCUGCUGCAAUCCCUGGUGGGGUUUAGGCGGCAGACGGAAAGGUGGACAGGUGCGCUUCACGGCUGCUCAGACAGGGGCCCUGGAGCGGCGGUUCAGCGCCAGCAAGUAUCUCAGCCCCGACGAAAGACGAGCUCUUGCGAAUACACUGCGACUUAGUGAUCGACAGGUAAAAACAUGGUUUCAAAACCGCCGUGCGAAGUGGAGGCGUACGACGCCUGACUCCGCGGAUGCUGGCAGCCCACCGACUGCUGACGAAGGAUCUGACGACGAGGUCCACAUAGCUGACGACGAAUGACGACACGCCCACACGAUUCAAUAAACAAUUUACUGUUCAGACCGCUAGCAAAAA